CUUGUAUGACAUUGAACAUACAGGACACGAAACCGAAGAGGUCGUUUAAAGAGCCAUACACCCUUUACAACUUGUGUCCUGGAAAACUCGGCCGUCCUGCAACCGAUAAGGCUUUCUAUUGCAUGCCUUUUAUGAACAACGUCGUAGCGAAUUGUGCGAAUAUUUCCCGACGUUGUUCCACAACGACGAUAAAAACGUACAUUAACGUCGGUGUGGUAGCGAAUAGGAUAUCGUCCUAGCCUAUUGGCGUGCAGGGAAAGGGAACUACCCGAUUUUCUGAACAGGCAAGAAACGUCAUCAACAUUUUCCUCUAUUUAAACGGUGGCGAAUGAAGAGGUCAUUGCUUUAAAAAGGGCAGAUUUAUUCGGGUAAAGAAGAAACGUCGAAGGCAACAAAAAAAAACGUUUUUGAGGACUUCUCAGCUAUUAUAAAUGGGGGACUACGGGUUUGGAGUUCUGGUGAAGAACGGCAGUGGUAACAAGUCUGCUUUCCCUGUAAGGAUCCCUCCACACCUCCAGCCCCCUCACCACCCUUCCAACCCUCCCAGCCCCCCUUCCUUCGUAAAUAACACCUGCUCUUCCAAUGGGGGCAGUGCUUGGCUCUUCCCUGCAGUAGCCCAACACAGUAACAUGCAAGAUGAGAUUCUGGAGGCUGACAAGUCCAAGGCGUUGGACCUCCAGGACAUGCCGGAGAAGUCUCAGGGUCAGUCCCAGUCCCUCGCCCCGGCCCAGCAGGAGGCCGGCAGUGGUCUAGGGGACCUGGAGGGAGGGCUGCCUGAUGACACGCUGGAGAAGGGCUCCUUGGAGAGCAGCGCGGGGAAGGACAAGCUUAGGAUGGAGUCGCCGGUGCUGGGCGGGUUCGACUACCAGGACACCCUGGGGAUGGGCACUAGCUGUGCGCCCUCCACCUCGUCCACCUCCUCCCUGACGAGCUUCAACAACUGGUCCGCCGCCGUGCCGUCCAACCCCUCCUCCGUAGUGGGCGAGGACGUGGGAGGGUUCUUCGGUCCGGCUGGCUCCAACGCCAACGGCCCGCCCCUCCUCUUCCAGAACUUCUCCCACCACGCCGGACCGGGCUUCGGCGGCGGGGGCAGCUUCUCCCCACAGAUAGGGCAGGUGUCCCAGCACCACCCCGCCCCUCCACCGCCCCACCCUCAACACUACCACCCCCACAGUCAGGGCAUGCCGCCCCAGCAGCACCGACGCUCUCCCGCGAGCCCUCACACCCCACAGCCCUCCUUCCCUCAACACCCCCACCGCGCCGGGGCGUUCACCCAGCUGCCCCACCUGGCCUCUGCGCAGAGCAAACCCCCCUCCCCCUGGGGGAACUACCAGAGUCCCUCCACCCCCAACUCUACAUCCUGGAGUCCCAGUGGGGGCUACGGUGGUUGGGGAGGAACCCAGGGGGUACGGGACUAUCGCCGGGGCCUUAACGGGGGACUGACGGCCCUGAACUCAAUCUCCCCUCUGAAGAAGUCCUUCCCUAGCAACCAGAUGCCCUCUCAGAAGUUCCCCAGGAACGGAUCUGGGUUCAACCACAAAUCCUGGAUGGAGGACACGAUGGGCCGCAACGACAGUGGCUACCCUUUUCAGCAGGAGAGAACCCGCUCCUUUGAUGGUUUCAGCAUGCAUUCUCUGGAGAACUCUCUGAUUGACAUUAUGAGGGCUGAGCAGGAUUCCUUGAAAGGUCGCUAUGGAUUCACUCACCAGUCCGAAGGGCCCCUGCCUAUGAAUGCCAGGAGUUAUGGCAGACGACGAGGCCACUCCUCUCUCUUCCCCAUGGAGGACGAGCGCACCUUUGGAGAGGAGGAGCCUGGCGACCAGGGGCUCUCUGGCCUGGGCCCGGCCCACUGCUUCCCCCAUCUCAACGGAGAGCGUGUGGAGCGUUACUCCCGGAAGGUCUUUGUUGGAGGGCUACCCCCGGACAUCGACGAAGAUGAAAUCACUGCCAGCUUCCGUCGGUUCGGUCACCUGUUUGUGGACUGGCCCCACAAGGCCGAGAGCAAGUCGUAUUUCCCACCUAAAGGGUACGCGUUCCUCCUCUUCCAGGACGAGAGCUCUGUUCAGGCUCUGAUUGACGCCUGCAUCGAGGAGGACGGCAAGCUGUACCUCUGCGUCUCCAGCCCCACCAUCAAGGACAAGCCUGUCCAAAUCAGGCCCUGGAACCUGAACGACAGUGACUUUGUAAUGGACGGUUCUCAGCCACUAGACCCAAGGAAGACCAUCUUUGUCGGGGGGGUCCCUCGUCCCUUGCGUGCAGUGGAGCUAGCGAUGAUCAUGGACCGUCUGUAUGGUGGCGUCUGCUACGCCGGCAUCGACACGGACCCUGAGCUGAAGUACCCCAAAGGGGCAGGCCGCGUGGCCUUCUCCAAUCAGCAGAGCUACAUCGCUGCGAUCAGCGCUCGAUUCGUUCAGCUGCAGCACGGAGAGAUCGAUAAGCGGGUGGAAGUGAAGCCAUACGUCCUGGACGACCAGCUGUGUGACGAGUGCCAGGGCACGCGCUGCGGCGGCAAGUUUGCGCCGUUCUUCUGCGCCAACGUCACCUGCCUCCAGUACUACUGCGAGUACUGCUGGGCGGCCAUCCACUCCCGGGCCGGCCGCGAGUUCCACAAGCCCCUGGUGAAGGAGGGCGGGGACAGGCCACGACACAUCUCCUUCCGCUGGAGCUAAGCUGACCGGGAGUGGGAUAAGUUGGAUGGAUGAGGG